GCACGUGGAGCUAUCGAGGCAGCAUGGCCGCGUCCACGGAGCCGCCGGCGGCUUGCGGCGCUCCGAGCCUCAAGGAGCUCACGGCGCCCGACUACGGGCGGCCGCCGGCCACGCAGAGACGCGCCCUGCAGGAGCUCGUCAAGUCGCACGUCGAGUCGUUCGACUACGUGCUACACGAGGGCCUCUCGCAGGCGGUGCAGGCCAUCCCUCCCAUCGAGUUCAUGAUAAAUGGCAAUCGCCUGUCGCUGGCUUUCGUCGACACCUCCAUCUCUCCGCCCAUGGUGGGCAAGGCAGCCGUGUGCCGGGACAUGCGCGUCUUCCCCGCCGAGUGCCGUGCGCGCCGCGCCACCUACCGUGGCAAGCUCAUGGCGGAUGUGAGCUGGUCGGUGAACGGGGAGCCGCAGGGCAUCAUCCAGCAGAGUUUGGGUCAAGUGCCCAUCAUGGUGAAGUCCAAGGCUUGCAACCUGCGCGGGAUGUCACCCGCCGAGCUCAUAGCUCACCACGAGGAGGCCGAGGAAAUGGGCGGCUACUACAUUAUCAACGGCAUCGAGAAGGUGGUGCGCAUGCUGAUCAUGCCACGGCGAAACUACCCUAUUGCCUUGAACCGGCCCAAGUGGAAGAGCAGGGGCCCCGGCUACACCGAGUUCGGCAUCUCCAUCCACUGUGUGUGCGAGGAGCACACGGCCAUCAACAUGAAUCUGCACUACCUGGACAACGGCACCGUCAUGCUCAAUUUCAUCUAUCGCAAGCAGCUCUUCUUCAUGCCGCUCGGCUUCGCGCUCAAGGGCCUCGUGUCCUUCACAGACUACCGCAUCUUCAGCGAGCUCACAAAGAGCAUGGAGGGGAACUCGUUCUACCGGAGCUGCGUGGCGUACAUGAUGCGCGCCGUGGGUGACGAGGGCUGCCUCACGCAGGCCCAGGUGAUGCGCUACCUGGGAGAGCGAUUCCGCGUCAAGCUUGUCCUGCCCGAGUGGCUCACGGACGAGGAGGUGGCGGAGUUUCUCUUCGACCAGUGUAUAUGCAUCCAUCUCAAGAGCAACGUGGAGAAGUUCCAGCUGCUGUGCAUGAUGACGCGCAAACUCUUCGCCUUCGCCAAGGGGGAGUGCGCGCCAGAGAACCCCGACAGCCUCUCGACGCAGGAGGUCUUGACUUCGGGGCAUCUAUACCUCAUGAUGCUCAAGGAGAAAAUGGAGGGCUGGCUCGUGGGCGCCAAGUUUUCGUUUGACAAGCGCGUGCAGCGCCACAGCAACAUCCCGCUCACCACGGACUCUAUUGCCAAGGUCCUGAGCUCCGUGUCGGACCUCACCCGCGCCACCGAGUACCUGCUGGCGACAGGGAACCUCGCCUCCAAGACAGGCCUGGGCAUGCUGCAGGAUGCGGGUCUGGCGGUGGUGGCCGACAAGCUGAACUUCACGCGCUACAUCUCGCACUUCCGCGCCGUGCACCGCGGCGCCGCGUUUGCGCGUAUGCGCACCACGACGGUGCGCCGCCUGCUUCCCGAGUCGUGGGGCUUCCUGUGCCCCGUGCACACGCCCGACGGGACGCCCUGCGGCCUCCUCAACCACUUGACGGUCGGCGCCCAGGUGGUGACGGCCGUCACGCCCAUCGGUGGCAUGCCCGCCCUGCUCUGCUCGCUCGGCGUGGUGCCGGUGGACGGCACCCCCGCUUGCCCCUACUCCGAGUGCUACCCGGUGAUGCUGGAUGGCUCCUUCGUGGGCUGGGCCGACCCUCGGAUCGCGCCAGAGAUCGUCAGCACGCUGCGCACCUACAAGGCGCGCAAGGAGAAGCGAGUGCCGCCCUGGACCGAGGUGGUGCUGGUUCCCAAGACGGCCUGCGCCAGCCUCUACCCAACGCUCUACGUGUUCACGGGCGCCGGCCGCCUCAUCCGCCCCGUCCGCAACCUGGCACUCGGCGUCGAGGAGCUCAUAGGCACCUUCGAGCAGAUUUACAUGGACAUCGCGAUCCGUGAGAACGAGAUCGUGAAGGGGGUGACCACGCACCAGGAGCUGUUUCCACACAGCAUGCUGAGCGUGGUGGCCAACUUCAUCCCCUACUCGGACCACAACCAGAGUCCCCGCAACAUGUACCAGUGUCAGAUGGGCAAGCAGACGAUGGGCACCCCGCUGCACAACUUCCGCGACCGCUCUGACAACAAGCUGUACCGGCUGCAGACGCCGCAGAGCCCCCUGGUGCGGCCGUACAUGUACGACCACUACGCCAUGGACACUUAUCCCGCGGGCACCAACGCCGUGGUGGCAGUCAUCUCCUACACGGGAUACGACAUGGAGGACGCCAUGAUCGUGAACAAGUCGUCGUGGGAGCGCGGCUUCGCGCACGGCAGCAUUUACAAGACGGAGCUCGUGGAUCUCACCAAGUGCGUGCGCGAGGGCCGCGACGAGCUCGUGUUCGGCUUCAAGGCCGGCGACGACGCGCGACCCGGCGCCGCCAAGCUCGACGCCGACGGCCUGCCCUCGAUCGGCUCGUGGCUGCGCUACGGGGAGCCCUUCUACUCCUACUUGAACCUCGCCACCGGCGAGGCCACCGUCAUCGCCUACAAGGGCAAGGAGGACGCGGUGGUGGACAACGUGAAGGCGUGCGGCAACGACAGCGGCACGGGCCACUUCUUUCGGGCGUGCAUCACGAUGCGCAUUCCCCGCAACCCCACGAUCGGCGACAAGUUCGCCAGCCGCCACGGCCAGAAGGGCAUCUUGAGCCGGCUGUGGCGCACCGAGGAUAUGCCGUUCAGCGAGGGCGGCAUGACGCCCGACAUCCUGUUCAACCCGCACGGAUUCCCGUCGCGCAUGACCAUCGGCAUGCUGAUCGAGAGCAUGGCCGGCAAGUCGGCCGCCAUGCACGGCCUGUGUCAUGACGCCACGCCGUUCACCUUCUCGGAGAGGAGCUCGACCGACGGAGACGAGGGUAAGCAGCUGACGGCGGUGGAGUAUUUUGGCAAGCUGCUGAGUGCCGCGGGCUACAGCCACCUGGGCACGGAGCGCCUGUACAGCGGCAUCAGCGGCCUGGAACUCGACGCCGACAUCUUCAUCGGCAUCGUCUACUACCAGCGCCUGCGCCACAUGGUGUCCGACAAGUUUCAGGUACGAACGACGGGCGCGCGCGACCGCCUCACCUGCCAGCCGGUGGGCGGGCGCAACGUUCAGGGCGGCGUGCGCUUCGGCGAGAUGGAGCGUGACGCGCUGCUGGCGCACGGCACCUCGUUCCUGCUGCACGACCGCCUGGUGGCGUGCUCGGACCGCUGCGAGGCGCGCGUGUGCACGCGCUGUGGCUCGCUGCUGUCGCCCACGCUGGAGCGGCCGCCGCCCGACUGGGCGCACACUCGCAGCGGUCGCCGCGCCUGGGUGUGCGUCGUGUGCAAGAGCGCGGACUCCGUGUGUGUCGUGACGAUGCCCUUCGUGCUGCGAUACUUCGUGGCCGAGCUCGCCUCCAUGAACAUCAAAGUGCAGCUGCAGGUCAAGUGAAGCUGCCUCGUGUGUGUGUGUUGGUUGGGAGGAGGGGAGGUGCAGUGGUUAGCGUAUUGCAGCGACCCGGUGUUCCACUUUCUGCUCGUGACCAACAUCGGUGGCGAAUAUGUAAACGAGUCCCGAAUACUUUGUGCGAUUUGGCAACAUUACUGAUGAGGCAGUUUCGUUGGGUUUGGUGUUGACCAACCCACCCCCUCGUACGACAUCCAGAACUCAAUAGGUGCUCGCUAACAGCACUUGCCCGAGCAGCUUUUGAGGUUUUUUGUUCUUGUGUGAAGGCUGGGCCAGGAGGUCCAGAUGGCUGGGUAAGCCACAGAAUUAUUAUUUUAAAGCCAUAUUUCUUGUAAAAAAAAAAGAUUCCAUACAUUUCCUCGUGUGAUUCUGAAUAAACGUUAUCGAGAAA